AUGGGUAGACAGGCGUAUCUGACCCGCUUAGCUUUGGGACGCUCUGCCUUCGAGGUCCAAGACCAGAGCGGUUUGCAAGCUUUGCAAAAUAGCCAUCCCCAAACCGCAGAGUCCGAACCGCUCACGACUCCCAUCAAUUACUACGUGCAACAAUAUGAUGAGCGAGGGCACCCAGUAAAUCCAGCUUCUCGCGAACAGGGACGGAUUUUGCGGGAGGCGCAGAACGAUGUUCUCGCUGCCAUUGGAGUGGUGGAGCGCCGUACUCUACCGCUGUCAGAAGACGACAUUCAGUUGUUGUGCAAGAAGAUAGAUAUUCUGGACACAAUGGAGUCGGAAAAUAACGCUGGAGAUCUUGUGGCAGCUGUAUCGACAUUGGCUGAUGUCCUGUGCACCUGGUGGAUCGGAUCGCUCAGGGAUCGGAUCUUGACUUUUCAAAUGCUGCCCGGCAUGCACUUCUCGAAUCUCGUCUGCGCUCAGUAUCAGUCUGCUGGGUUCUGGACGUUCUUCUGCACUGGAUUACCUGCCCAUAUUCUCUGGUCGUCCGCAUAUCAGACCACAACUAGCCUGGUGGGCAGCUUGAGACUGAUCGACCGCUUUCUACUAUGGAACCAGCCGUCUAGACGUACAAGAAGACUUAUCCGCCGGUGGAAACCCACGAUAAACGAGAUUUUCCAGGGGGUAGCCAAAGUCGCCUUUUUCCCGUUGUACUAUUAUUCUAGUCUUCAAAGACUACAUCUUGUGCCUAUUCGGCCGUUUCUUCCUCCCUUGGAAUCGUUUAUACCUUUCAUGCCAGCAUCGCCUAUCCAGAGAGUCCCAGUCCCAUCUACUUUUACGCGAGAAUCAGUCACGACUUUCGCUGUUUCGUUGCUUGCGUCUCCGCUACUACUCUUCCUCGUUGAAGUCUUCAUUGAGAGGCGGGUCUAUGGCGUCAUAUACGAUGCCAUAGAGUCAAGACGGGUAGAAGCGGGCACUACAGAAUUAGCGCACUCCGAGGAAUAUCCCAAGCCACGGACCGCAAGAUUCAUUGGCCUCAGUGAAACGCCCUGGGGAGUCUUUGGAACCGCAGUAGAUACAAUGCUAGGCUAUCUCCGCCGAGCAUACAUCUUCGACGACGAGCUCGAUGGUCGCCGGACACCACAGGAACGCUAUAUAGAGAGAGAGCUCGACCGAAUCCGCGCCGAGAUCGACUUGGGGAAUCUACGAAUCAAUAAUAUGGAACGGCUGGAUAUUCCAGUGGCACAUGCUGAGAGCGUUCUACAGCCUGUUGAUUUCGGCGGCUCCGAUGCAGGCCAAGUUGCUAUGCCUCUCGAUCCGUCUAGGCCUGUCUCCCCCGUAUCACAAACAAUCUCUGAAGGGAGCCAGGAUGCCAUGGACCCAAGCGUUCGAAUUACUUCCAGGGAGGAGAAUGACGGCAUUGUUGAGUUAGAGGUUCGACUUCCUCAAUUAGCAUCCGUUACGCACGAAGAACUCGCUGCCAACGCUUCAGCACCUAGAGUAGACGAUGGCGCCCAAGGCGGCGACGGUCGGCAGUGGAUCUUCCCUCGAGCAACGAAGCUUUCGACGGAGCCAGGCCGAAUGUUGGGGUCGAUUCUGAAUAGCCAGAUAGUGACCUGGGCAAGGAUGCCACUGCAGCUAGCCGGAUUGCGGUUGAUGGCUGCAAGAUUCCAGGCCACUGAUCCUCAAGCUCUUUUUGGAAGAUCUGUCCAGAAUCCACUUCUCGGCUUAGGCACUGUCCGUACCUUUGAGAGAGUGCUCUUGUGUGGAGGGAUUGAGUUCAUGGGAAAUCUUGCAGUCUGGGGCUGUGAGUGCUGCGUUAUCGCGUUCUUGGGCCAGGCUUGCUAUAGGUGGGGGAAGAGUUGA